UGUGUCACUGUGUCCUGUGUGUUCUUGUCUUUUAGGCCAUUUCUUGCCGGACAGCCAGCCAGCCAAACCCGCCUCAGGGAGCAGGAGAAUGGAGAACAACAUGUGACGGAUCCGUGCGCCACCGUCGACAGCAUGCUUUGCCUCCUCCGGACCUUGGCUUUCUUCUUCUGGUGUUUUUUGCUACUUCACAGGCAGGCUGCGGCUGACGAAGAAGCCGUUCCGUUCCAGGGAACGACUCCACCAAGAGAAAAUCCACCUGAAAACAAACAAAGCUCUUUCCCUUGGUGGAAGCCGUCUCUGCCAAACAGCCUUUCCCUCCCCUCACUGUCGUCGUUUAGAAUCCCCUUUUAUGGGAGUUUGGGUGGUAACAGUGAGGCUGCUGCGUUGACGACGAUUGCCAAAGGGCUGAUAGAACCGACCCAAGACCUGCAAGACAGCUUGGGUUCAGGGGACGAGAGCAAUUCUGAAGCCUUUGAUUCAUCCACCACUUUGACUCAAGGGCUCCUCAGCAGCGUGGCAAACAUAAGAACAGAAUCAGAAUCAGAUUCUCCACACAGCAGCAUAGCAAGCAAUGACAAUGACGCUCUUGUUUCAGACUCUCCCACUAGCAGAAACACUCUGUUCACCAACAGUCCCACCAGCACAAGCACUCCUGAACAAAAUGCAACACAUACCCUCCCACCGAGCAUGGCUGCCACCACACAACACCUCCCAGAGGAGCUCACGGAUAAAGACGAGGCUGGAGGUUUUACAGAAACGAUCUCUUUGACGAUAGCGCCAGAGACGACGGUCCCCACUGCUUUGACGUGGGCAGCAGCCCAAACCACAACACCAACCACAGGAGUUGUGGAGGCCACACUGACCAGCAGGCUCCCUCUGGGGCCUGGUACUCCUCUUACAGAAACCACGUUUGUCAGAAAACCACAACACUCCACUGGGAGUGUACCCACGAUGACGGAAACUCACCCCACUCAGAGUGAGGCUGCUCUGGGCUCCUCCGAGGCGGGAGGAACCACCACCGCCAUGGAAACUGUCGAUGAAAAACUAGUGCCGGGAUCCAUGGAGAGCACAACUCAGAGCCAAAGGGUUAACGUCCCAAUAGCAGGAGAGCGGCCGGGCAACGAGGAGGAGGAUCAGGAGGCGGAGGAAGGUGUGGUUCCCUCAGCUGACUCCAGGUUGGCAGAUAUUUCAACACCAUUCGCUAAGCUGCUGCUAACAACAUCACCACCACAGAGCACAGAAACUCCCCAUAUUCCCGUGUACACAGACGACUGGACGCCCAUCCUGGCGGACAGCGACGCCACCUUCCUUCCAGACUGCAAUAAAGAGCGAACCGGGAUCUGCAACCUCUCCAACACCUGGGACUCCACGACUCCAUCGGACGUCAGGCCAACAGAAAACACCACUGCCACCAACCAAUCAUCAUUCGACCCCUUCCUGAUCCCGGCUCCGCCCAUGUUGGUGCCGCUGUACACCGACUGGAACAGUGCCAUGGCCGCCUGGGGCCUGGCCUGGGAGGCUCAUGUUUACGGCGCUGGGUGCGUCUUUGCGAUGCUAACGCUAGCUUCUGCGCUCAACCUGCUCUGCUUGCCUCUACGGUGCCCAUCUGGAUGUGGCUACUUCGCCCUGGUUAGCCUGUUUCUGCUAGCUGCUGGUUGCACCAGGUCUUUCUCGCUGCUGUACGACGCUUACGGCCACCAGGACCGCCUCCCCUCUGCAGAGGCCUCAUUGAUACUCUACGAAGCACCCUUCCCCUGCUUGACCGCAGCAUUCGGCCUGGUUUUCCUUCUCCUCUCGAUGCGCUCAAGAAUGCAGCUUUCCUACUCGGCUUUCCAGAGACCCUGUUUCCUGGCCUGCCUGGUCGUCCUGCACUUCGGUGCAGCAUUCGGACCGGUGACGUUACUAAAGUUCUACCAGCAAAAGCCUCCCAUUUGCCUCUUUCUUUCACUCAUCUCCCGCGGAGCCUUCGUAGCACUGGCCACAUUCCUAUCUGCUGCCUAUUUUGUGUUCUACAUCUACGUGCGGGCAGAUUCAAAACACAUCUACCACCUUAAUAACACGUCGCCAACACCUGCUGAGCGAUACAACCGAUGCCCCUUUGCGGAGAGCCGGGACUGGGACCGUGCAGCUGUAACCGUCUGUAUUUCAGCCUUGUUUUGUUUAGCAUGUGCAGGAUUGCAGUUGUAUGCAAUGCUAAAUGCUAUGGGUCUUGCAGGUGGAGAGGAGGUCUUCCACCCGUGGCCUUGGUGGGCGUUUCAGUUUAGUUGCAGACUGUGUGAGCUCGGGGUUUGUCUCACCUUAGCCUUGGUGGUUGCACAACCAGUCUACUGCUCUGACCACCUCCCAGCUGCAGGGAGCUGCUGGACUGAGCUGUUGGCAACCAAGUCACCCAUCUUGCCUGGGAGCUACCAGUGGACCCUGAGCCAGCAGGAGAAGCUCGCAAUCGUUGAUACCGUCGGGCUUGGAGAGACGGAGAGCCUUCCUCUUUACACUCUGAUGGACGACAGGCUUGGUAGCAGUUUGAACGGCCUGGAUCUCCUCUACCACAGCAACCGGGCCUUGGCAUACCGAGACCUGGACUUGGAUUUGGACUUACAGGGUUCAAGAAAACCUGAGGAUGGAGGAGGAGGCGGCGAGCCCUCAGGUGGUUCCUCGUUUACCAGCGACUCCACGGCAGACUUGCGGCCACCUUCACCGAUCAACCUGCGCCGCAGCAUCGACGAGGCCCUCUUCAGUGAUUCCCUCUUCCCCAUGAGCCUCUUCAGCCCCUCCAGGCCUCUUCGCUGCAGCGAUCUAUCCAUAAACAACCACUGCGGGCUGCCAAGCAACGGCCUGUGUGACCCUCUCUCAGCUGACCCCGGCCUUUAUCGGACCUCUUCCUGCGUUGAGAUGGCGUCCCAACUCCAACCCCAGCCCCCUGGCACCCAAACCCAAGGUGACACUAUUGUAGGUGCACCUCCAUCUCCCUCCCUGUCCUCUUCCUCCAGCUGUUCGUCCCCUGAACGUUGGAGGAACAGCUCUUCAUCUUGUUCCCUCUACCGAGAAUCUUUUGGAGGCUCCUCACUGGUGCUCUGCCCAAGCCCGGAAAGACACGCUCAGCAGGGUCUCCAGCAAGGCCAUGUGGCAUCCUCUGACCCACAGAGGCACUAUCAUACUCUGGGUGCAGCCUCACAAGAAAGCCUGGACCUGGACAUGUCGUCUGAGGCGGACCGAUCCGUGCAGGAGGAGUUCAUCAGUGUUUGCAGACAAAUCGAUGCUUUGAGCAUCUGCAGCGAAACUAUUGAUUUAUAAAAAGGACAGUGUGGUCAAACAAGGGUGACACAGAGGACUUAUUAAGAAGGAUGUCCGGAAGGUGACUGUCAAGGUCUUUUACAGCCUGUUUGGGACAACAUGGUCUCACAGAAAUCCGUGAAAUAGCCACGGAUUUCCAUUAACUCAAAAUCCGUGGAAUAGCCACGGAAUCGCUCAAAUUUCCGUGAAACUGACACGGAUUUCGCUACAAUGCAAGUUAAUGACAGUCAUAUUUUUCUGGCGAGAUCUUCACCACAAAGUGAUUAUGAACAUUCACUGAGUGAAUAUUUAGAAAAUAAAACAUAUAUUUCUCGCUAGAAAUGUGAUCAAAAUCCAUUUUUAUGCAGAAACAAAGUCAAAAUAUUGAUUUUUUUUCACUAAAAAUGAGAGAACUGUCCGCCAUGUUUUUUGUUUUGACCGCCGGAACCUUGAAAGUCACGUGACUUGGAACAAACCAAUAACCACGGGAUAUGA